AUUUUAUCCAACACACACACCGACUAUGAUACAACCUUCCACGAAAGGAACCCGACCAAACCGGCGAGCCAUGGUACGGUCUUGUCUUUUGCUGCCCUGGAUCCUUCCGAAUCUUGCUCGAGGUUCUCAGACCUUGGAAUGGCUCUUCGACAUGGGUGGUGGUCAGCAGGUCUUCCCCCUCAUGGACUUCGUGGCCUCCGAGUCCCAGGAGAUUGAUGCCUUCCUGGAGCAACAGCGACAGCGCCUCGUGAUGCCGGGAUCCAGCCUGACGCAGAUCCACGACGAAGCGGCCCACGUGCGGCAUCAGAGCGCCGCAGCGAAUGAAGUGGCACUGGCAGAUUGGCUUCUGCAGAUUCAUUGGAGCAGCUUACUGGACAGUGACUUGGGUCGAGGCAUCCUGGCAGAGCUUUCGGCCGUCACGCCGCAGAUCGAGUCGUCUCCCUGCGAUGCCGCCUCCUACGACGUGGACGAUGUGUUCCUGGAGCGCCUGGAACGAUCCCUCCAGGGCAUUGAGACGCUGCCCUUGGAGCAGAACGAGUUCAAGUGGGCGGAUUUCUUCGGGCGCAAGAUCACCCAACAACCGCUCUGCCUGGUGGGCGUGGCCACGCUGUUUUUGGUCGCUGCCGACAUCACCGCCUUUGCCUCCGCGGCGGAGGGCGGUGAGCACCAGAUGCGCCUCGAGCGCGCACUGCUCUUCGCGCAGAGCCUGGUGCGUCAGCAUGUGGAGGAAGCACCGCCGGGGCAGAUUGAUCGGCAUCGCCGGGAUUUGUUCAGGAGCCGCUGGCCAAUUUGGAGACUGAUGAGAAGUAUUCAGAAGGAGCUCGAUGCCGGCCAUGAGUUCCGUGCUCCCCAGAAUGCUGCGCUGGAUACUCCCCAACAAGAGACAGAGGACUUGCUCUACUUGACGGUGAUCGUGCAGUGCCGGAAUGACGACUAUGGUGGAAACAUGUUGUUGCGGUUAAACCGCAUGCUGGCGACCACGACGCGGAUGUUGCACACCACCCAGGUCCCGUCUGAGAUCAUUGUCGUCGAAUGGAAUCCGGUCUUCAACGCUGCGGCGAUUCACGAGGAGAUUCAGCGGGAAGCUGGCGCGGAGAGCGUGCCCAUCCGUGUGAUUCAAGUGCCGACCUCCGUGCACAUGUCCAUGCCGCAUCACAAGGCCCAUCCCAUUUUCGAGCACACGGCGGAGAACGUGGCAUUCCGAAGGGCUAGAGGGAAGUUCAUUUUGAAGACCAACAUUGACAACAUCCUAAGCCCAGAUACGAUACUCUUUAUUGCUCGGCAGCAGCUGGAUCCGAACGUGGUCUACCGAGCAACGUACAUGGAAUACGAUGUGACCUGUCCAGAAGCGGAAGGUUUGAAGGCGGAUGAGCUCGUCGAGUGGCUCUUCUCAAGAGAGGAGAUGAUCUCUGGGAUGAAUAUGGAGAUGGCCGACCUCCGCUUGAAAUAUCCCGAAGAUGCUUUGGUGUGCACUGAGGGGCGCUUCGUGCCGGAUGCGCCACAAAGGCCCUUUUAUUGGGCGGGGAGUGGCGACUUUGUCCUGGCCAGCAAGCAAAAGAUUAUGGAGGUGCGCGGCUACCCUGAGGUGGCGCAAAACUGGCAGACGGAUGACAUGAUCCACUGUCGCUUGCGUGCCGCUGGCGUUCGGCAAGUGGUGCUGCAACCGCCCUGCGUGACGGUGCACCAGAACCACCGCCGUGGCGCGGCGGGGGUCCACGGGUGGUGAGAUCAGAACGAGAUCACAACGACUCAAAGGCAGAAAAGGAAGAAGACCUUCUGAGCCAAGGAUGCUUAGGUGAUGUAGAAGAAAAAAGACUCAAUGGCAGAGCAGAACCAGCCAGAAAUUCCAGAAUGAUGCAAUGACUUUCUUCCGUUUGUAGGGACACUCCUAACCCUGUCCGAACAACCCGCUUGAAUUUAAAGCUUCAAAGAGUGUGGGGCAGUUGCGCGUGAGUUGGAGUCGGUUUGAACCCAAACCGCUCAGGCUUAGGAACGUCAACGAAAUUGGCAGACACCAAAGGCAGAUUCCAAACAUUUUAGCUUCCGAAGCUCAUUCUGCAAGCCAGUUCCGCAUUUUUUUUCACCACCACAUCCACUUUGUUCUCCCAAGUCUGGCACACUCAAGAGUCUGGAGGACAGUUUGAAGAUCUGAUUCUACACCCUGGAUCACCCUGGAAGAAUAACGUGGAACCUGAAAACAACAUAAAACAACUGGGUUGUAGAGGAAACUAGUUCCAUGUUAAUUUUCCCGGAUGUAUUUGGUUGAGUGGUGGUGAGUGGACUUGUUUGGGCUUGUGUUGUGUUGGCAUCCACCAGUCAGCCAGUCAGCGCUCGACUGAGGCAUCAACCGCGUGCGUGCCAGCACACGCUGGGUGAUCACUGACAAGAACUUCCAGGAGGUUUGUGAGAACCCCUUCAAGCCCUUGAAGACCGAGAUCGAUAGCCAUUGGGCGUCCUUUGGGCCUUCGACAUGAUGACGAUGCCGACGAUGCCGCCGCCGCCGACGACGACGAGGAGGACGAGGAUGAUGAUGAUGAAGAAAAUGAAGAUGAAGAUGAAGAUGAAGAAGAAGAAGAAGAUGAUGUUUUUUUAUGAGAGUGCUCGUGUGAUUGGUGAUGCUUGGAGUCAAAGAAGGCAGCUGUAUUGCAUUCCUCCCUAUACUGAAUCCGCCACGUCGGAAUGUGGUCAAACAAGACCAACACCCCAACACAAUAGAGGUACCAGGUGCACACCAGGCUUUGUUGAAAGGGCUGUCUCAAGCAUGAAGUUCGUAGUCCUUUGCAUUCCGUGGGCUCAGUCCGUGACCCUGAUGUGACCCGGUCGCAUCGGGCCCCUCAUCCGGAUUAGCACCCAAAGUUCCAGUAAAAGAUUGUACAGAUUUAUGUGGACAGGAUGUCUAGAUACAUUUCCAUAAAUUGUUGCAGUACCAGUUAAGCGUUAGGAAUGCACAGGGCACCCCAUCCAGGGAAAUCGAUCAUUCACCAUACAUGGUUUCUUUCGGCACCCAGAUCUUGGUGGUCUUCCCCGAAGCCGCUGAGGUCUGGAUGGGAAUUGGGGAUUCGCAGACCGGACCUUUGAAGAGCAUGUGGUGUAAAACGACAGACCCAUCGUGCUGGCUGCCGCUGGGUAUGGGUGUUGUUGGGCUUCACGAGCAUCACCCGGCGUGUUGAUGUCAAAGCGAUUCACGGCGUUUUGAGGGCCAUGGGCCAUGUUCAUUGGACGCUCC